CGACUCGACUCAGUAUUUGCCUCGGCAUCUAUACGAGUCUACGCGUCCGUGUCACUUCAAUAACGUUCGGGAAUUUACGUGUGUUAUUUUGAUUGCUAAUUUGUUGUCAUAGACAAGACUGUUUGUUUCUAAACUGAACUUUGAAAAUCGAACAGACUUAUUAUUCGAUUUAUUUGAAACUCUUAUCUGUGUUGAGCAAAGAGGUUUGAAUUGUGGAUUUUUAAUAUUGUUAUUGUGAAAAUAUUGUGUUGUUUGGAUUGGGAGUUGUUUGGAUGAAACCUAGAAAGAAAUGCAGAUGAAGAAAAAGCAUCAAUGAUUUAAACUUAUGGCUAUAAAAGUCAAAAUCAACAAGUCAAAAUGGAUGCAGAAGAAACAGAUACAGCUGUAUUUGAAACAGAUAUUUUUGAUGAAAAUGGAGAUAUUUUACUUGAAAAUAAGAAAGCAGAUCAGAAGCUAACAGACAAAACAAGAGAUGUAGAUAUACGUAUAGAUAAUUGUAAAAGUCCAAAAAUACUAACAAAUGCUGCCAAAUCCAGAAUAACUAGUAGACAUGCAAAUCCACUAUUUUUAUUAUUGAGGAUAGUUUUUGAAACGUUUUUAAUGAAGAGAUUGGUUUUUCUAUUGUUCUUAACACAAUAUGUAAGCGGAUACCAGCAGAAGUUUGCGAUCGAGCCACAGGAUCAGAGUGCCGUAGUAGGGUCCAGGGUAACGUUACCAUGUCGAGUUGUCCACAAGGCUGGCCAGUUGCAGUGGACCAAGGAUGACUUCGGUCUCGGCACGCAUCGACAUUUGACGGGCUACGAGCGGUACAAGAUGAUUGGAAGUGAUGAAGAAGGAGACUACUCGCUGGACAUUAGAGACGUUACCAUAGAUGAUGAUGCCCUUUAUCAGUGCCAAGUCAGCACAGGACCUAAAGGUGAAGCAGCCAUUCGAUCGAAAUCCGCUCGUCUAACUGUGCUGGUACCGCCUGAACCUCCAAAGAUCUUGAAAGGACCGGUUCUGGAAGCUGUAGAAGAUAGUGAAGUGACGUUGGAAUGUGUCUCAGUUGGAGGAAAACCAGCUGCUGAAAUUACGUGGGUCGACAAUGAUGGAGGCGUACUUAGCCAAGGGGUGACAUAUACUAUCGAACAAAUGGCAGACGGUCGCAGGUUCAUUGCUCGAUCAACACUUCGAAUCCAUCCGAGAAGACAUCACCACGACCAGACUUAUACGUGUCAAGCUCAGAACACUGCAGAUAGAGCGUAUAGAGCAGCUACUGUAAAACUAAAGAUACAAUAUGCGCCAAAAGUGAAAGUGGUGAUCAAAUCACGGUCAACCAAUGGCAGGAUUCAUGAGGGAGAUGCUUUGGUCGUAGGAUGUCAAGCCACGGCCAAUCCAAGCAACCUCACUUAUCGUUGGUUCAUCAACAAUGAGCAAGUGCCAACUGCUAAGAACAUCGAAUUGAUAAUCUCCAAUGUAUCCCGGAGGCACAAUGAGGCGACUGUGAAGUGCGAAGUUCAGAACCAAGUCGGGAAAAGUGCGGACUCCAAAACUUUGGAGGUCUCCUAUGGACCAGCAUUUCGAACAAGACCGCAGAACGUUCAGGGUGAUAUCGGAUCUUCAGCGACACUUACUUGUCUUGUGGACGGGCAUCCUCAACCCAAAGUGUAUUGGAUGAGAUAUGAACAGGAUAGAAUUAUUAAAGUGGCCAAGUCAUCAAACCUGACGUUAACGAUAAGCAAGCAGACAGCAGGGCAGUAUUGGUGCCGAGCCUCUGUGGAUGGCUAUCAAGACAUCGAGGCGCCUGCCAUGGUUUAUGUUAAAGGUCCACCAAAAAUAAUGUCCAAUCAAACUCAGUACGGCGUGGAGGGCGGCAGUGUCCACAUAGAGUGCGUUUCCUUCUCGGUGCCCAAGCCGGACCUGGUCAUAUGGAGCUUCGGAGGAUAUGAGCUGAGUUCUUUUCAUAACCAGGAAUAUGUGUUCUUGGAGGAAUCUUUGCCAGACGGCUUGACAAAAUCCACACUGAUCAUCCGAGAGAGCCAGUUGAAGCACUUCGGUUCAUACAACUGUACCGUCUCCAACGCAUACGGUACUGAUAGUGUGGAAAUAAACGUUGUACCUGACAAGUCGAUACCCCUCAUCGUGAUAGUCUGCACGGGGUCGCUGAUAACGAUAGUCAUCCUCAUAAUAAUGCUGGCAGUAAUGCUGUGUCAUCGCCGCGCGGGCAAGGACCUCAACAAGCCGGAUAUUACCGAAGUUGGUAAAACUUGCGACCCCUAUAAGGAUAGUGACCGAAAUUCCACCAUAAGUGACUUGAAACUCGAGUUGAGACAGGUCGAAGGCAGCUGUGAUAUGGACAAUUCAAAUAAUGGCUCGGAAACGGACCUCCGGUCAACUUUACAGCUGACGACGAACUUGGGCCUUCCCCUCGCAGGGCCCGUGCCCCUUCCCAACGCGGCCUACGACAACGAGCUCAUGGACCAAUAUCAGCGGUACAGCGAUGAUUUUAAUCAGCCACUACAUAAUAUUCACUUUAAGACGCACGACCAGACCAACGGUUAUGUACCAUACGUGGAUUACUCCAGGGACUAUGCACCGCCACAGACAAAUGAUUCGAUGACUGGUUCCUUAUCGAGGAGUACUGAUGCCUCCACAUAUCAGAGCCAUUGCGGGUCUUUGAACCGCCAAGGCAGCUGUGGACGUCUUGGUGGAAUGAUCGGACCUGAUCUGAUACCAAUGGGAAACCCCGGCGUGUUAAUUACGGGCGGAGUCGACGUACGAUAUGCUGCGACUUACGGCAAUCCAUAUUUACGAGGAAGCAGUGGACCGAUGUCUUACAUACCACCAAGCAAUCCUGCCAAGAACGCUCCCCCACCUUACUACACUUUGAGAAAUACUAAUCAUCACCCUCCAAGUACGUCGGUAACCUCUCCGUCGUCAUCAUCAUCAUCACGACCGUUCACAUCACCGCCCACCUCAUCACCAACUAGCAACCAUAGCGCUCAGCCUCAAGUGCCUAAACCACUGGUUCAGGCGACUGGAGGCCUGUACAUACUUCCACCGUCCAGCCAGGGAAGCAUGCACUCAUCCCAAAUAUCUACCAAAGGAACCGGGACUCAUGUAUAGUUCAAAAUUUAUCUUUAGUGAAAUAAAAAAUUAACGAACAAAUUAUUUGUGUUUACACAUUAAAAAUGUUUGUAAUAUAUGGAUAGAGGUAGAGAAAGAGAAGUUUGUAAAAUAAAUACCUAUCCCAAAACAGUUUUCACUUUUAUUUUGGGAUAUGUCGCUGAAUUUCUUACUUAUAUAAGUUUAAGAAACUUUUUGAUUCAAUUUAAAAUGUCAAUGUAUUAUUUUGAUAGUUAAGUAUUUUUACCAUUGAGAUGAUAUUACGUCUAGCGUCCCGUAAACUUCCAGAAGUCCCUACCUAUUUAUCAAAUCUACAAGGCCCUACCUUACUUAAUUUUUAUAAGUAGGUAUACUCUUUGAUACGGUAAAACUACUAUGAAAUUAACAUUAUUACUGAUUUUGCGCAUUUUCUCUUCUAUUUCUCUUGUUGUAAUCUGAAGUAUUAUUAUGUAUUCUAGAUGUAGUAAAAUCUCAUUGACAUUUUUUAUUUUUAAAUAGAGGAAUACUUUUCUAUAAUAAGAUACUCAGAACAGCCUAACUAGAAAGCUUUAAGUAUAAUGUCAAAGAAUCAAAUUUAGCAUAAAAUAUUGUAAGGACUUUUCAUUUAUAUAAGUUUUUAAUUAAUUUACACUAAUGUACUUUUUAUAUAGAUUAUAGUUUUUAACUCAAUAUAUAUACUGAGUGGUAUUGCCUAAGCCUCAUGACAUCAUAAGCACGAAAUGCAACAACAAUAAAAAAUUAAGUUGUUGAAUUAGUUGCAAUGCAACAUAAUAUUGUUGCCUUGCUAUUAAGUCAGAAACUUAAUUCUGGUCGUGAAACUAAAUAAAAGUUUUUGUUACUAUAAAUAAAUGACAAUAGUUGUUAUAAAUAGUUUCUGAGCGGUCUUUAUAAUCGUAUGCUUGAAAACUAUUACAACAGUAAUAAUUCUAUAGCUUGGCAAAUUCGUUCGUAACAUUCCCAAUGGUCCGCGCGGGCCAGGAGGAGGGUAGCGAUGCCCCGCGCGCACGACUUCAUACCCUCGCAUUCAAUCCCUCUGCCCCACGCGCUCGACUUCACACCCGCGCAGUCUUUUCCCACGUCACCCGCGUAUCAUGAGGCUUGCCAAGCUAUAAUACAAUUAUAAUUGUUGUGAUUACGUUGCAAUUUUUAUCUGAUCGUGAAUUUAAACACUUAAAUUAGUUUUAAAAUAUAAAAGUUAUUAAUUUUACGUUUUAUAUCAAUUAAUUAUUUAACUAAGACUGAUGAUUUUUAAAACUAUGUAGUUAUUAAAAAUAGAUUUAAAUUAAAAUAAUGCAAAAUUUUAAUUUAACUUUUUUAGCUAGAGGCAUUGUAUAUAAAAAUAGUUUUUUUAUUUGUUUUAAAAAACUGCCAUGUUCUAUUACCUUGCCUAGUUUUUAUAAAAAAAAAAUGUUUAUUUUUUCAAGUAUACAAUAAAUAACGCAUUAACAAAUAAUUGUUCUCUAAUAUAUUUUUUUUCUGCCGAUUUCGAGCCGUGAUAGCCCAGUGGAUAUGACCUCUGCCUCCGAUUCCGGAUGGUGUGGGUUCGAAUCCGGUCCGGGGCAUGCACCUCCAACUUUUCAGUUGUGUGCAUUUUAAGAAAUUAAAUAUCACGUGUCUCAAUCGGUGAAGGAAAACAUCGUGAGGAAACCUGCAUACCAGACAAUUUUCUAAAUUCUCUGCGUUUGUGAAGUCUGCCAAUCCGCAUUAGGCCAGCGUGGUGGACUAUUGGCCUAAUCCCUCUCAUUCUGAGAGGAGACUCGAGCUCAGCAGUGAGCCAAAUAUGGGUUGAUGACGACGAUAUAUUUUUUUUCUGACCUUGCAUGUCAACAUCUUGUCUUUGUUUAGUGUCUGUAAAAGAAAGCAUGUUUUGUCUAUGAGUGAGUUUAAGAUGUCAAUUUAAGUGAUAUCAUGUCUUGCGCUUCACAUAGACUAUACAAACAUAGUGUGUAACAAAGGUUUUAUGCUAUUAGAUAUGUCACUAACGAGUCGAGACUUUUUUUUUAUUCUUUACAAGUUAGACUACAAUCUCACCUGAUGGUAAGUGAUGAUGCAGUCUAAGAUGGAAGCGGGCUAACUUGUUAGGAGGAAGAUGAAAAUCCACACCCCUUUUCGGUUUCUACACGACAUCGUACCGGAACGCUAAAUUGAUUGGCGGUACGUCUUUGUCGGUAGGUUGGUAACUAGCCACGGCCAAAGCCUCCCACCAGCCAGACCUGGACCAAUUAAGAAAAUCUCAAUCGACCCAGCCGGGGAUCGAACCCAGGAUCUCCGGUUUGUAAAUCCACCGCGCCUACCACUGCGCUACUGAGGCCGUCAAGACUGAGGCGAACAAAAGUGGCUAAUUGUCUUAAUUUCAUUUAAUCGCAUAGUAAUCAAAGAAAGUUUUGAAACAAUACCUGAAUAUUGUCUACAAUGUCGAGUUGUGUGUUCAGGGAGUGUAAUUACACUACUAUUGUAACUAUUCAAUAUACAUAAAUCUAUACUAAUACUAUAAAGCUGGAGAGUUUGUUUGAUUGUUUGAUUGAACGCGGUAAUCUCUGGACCUACUGGUCCGAUUUGAAAAAUUCUUUCAGUGUUAGAUAGCCCAUUUAUCGAGGAAUGCUAUAGGCUAUAUAUUAUUCCUGUAUUCCUACGGGAACGGGAACCACGCGGGUGAAACCGCACGGCGUCAGCUAGUAUAUAAUGUAAGUAAACACAAAAUUAUGCAUGUCUGCUCAGUGGAGCUAAAUUCGGAUCAUUUUUGCGGUGAUUUUGUAAGCACGUUACAUAUCUAUAGUAUAAAAUAUCGUUGGUGUGCAAAUAUACAUACUGACUUGUCCGGUACUUAGUUAUGUCAAGUAGACAUGAAAAUUAAAUCUACACUUAGUUUUAGUUUUCUGCUAAAGACUGUAUUUAAUGCAUUUAAUUUUAUAUAAUUAAAAGGCUUUUUAAUUAAUAUACAAUAUUGUACAAUUUUAGUCAGUAAGUCUGUCCUUUUAGGAAUAAAACAUUUAUAAUGUUUUUUUAAAUGUAAAUAGAAAAUGUCGAAACAUAGGUUGAAACUAGGUUUUAAAUACUGAAUGUGUUUUUUAUAGUUUUAAUUUAGUUGAUCUACUGAAACAUGAGCUUUGCUUUUAUUUAUUAAAUUUGAUGCAAUAGCCACUUACCAUCAGGUGGUAAUUAAAUAAUUAGGUAAUAUUUUUUUUAAACUACAAGCUAUUUAAGUACGUAAAAAUGCAAAUCUCAUGAUUCGAUAUUUCAAUUCUUUGAGCAUGUUGAUAUAUUUUGAUGCUGUGGUAAUAAAAAAAAGGUUUUAAUA